CACUGUGUAUUUUUCUUCUCGAUGAUUCUGAGACCUUUAGAAUUUGACGAUAUACCUAUGAACAAAGUGCGUCGUUCGCACUUCGCAGUCAUUCCUGAGUUGUCAGUGGUCCUUGACAGAGCUAAUCAGUUUUAUGUUGUUGUUUUGUGCCGAUAAAGUGUUGGCUAUUACGGCGGAGCGCAGCCGUAGAUAGCAGUGUCAUUCAUAAUAUUCCGGUUUGUUGUUGUAUUGGAGACUCCAAUUUCCAUAUUUUGUUGCGUAAAACUACGAAUCCUAAUAGUUUUGCGCGUUUUAAAAUUUUGUCAAAAUGACUUCGGUAAUUACCAUUCCCAGUAAAUUACCGCUGCUUGUUACUAAUGAUGAAGUGCUGCUGCCGGGAUCAUCGAAAAAAUUUACCAUAACUGACCCGAGCAACAUUGAAAUGAUCAGGAGCAGGAUAAUGUCCCGAAGCAGCCUAGCCAGCUUAAUUCUUGGUGUUCUGCCCAAGGAAUUGGCUGCAGAUUUGCAGGGGUCCGUUCCAUUGCAUCCAGUUGGCACAGCAGCUCUUGUUGUUCAAGUGGUUGGCACUAGCUGGAGACAUUCUGCUAGUUUUACUCUUCUGCUUUAUGGAAUAUGUCGUUUUAGGCUGGAGAAGCUUGUAAUGGAAGUGCCAUACCCUGUUGGUGUUGUUUCACAGCUGGAUAAGUUGGUGGUUCAUGAUGAUGAUGAUGACAGCCCAGAGGUAAAUGCCAUGCUGGAAAAUCUUCGUGAGCUGGCAACAAAACUAACAGACUUCCUUAAUGUUCCACCAGAAGUAGCUGCACAGUUGAAGGAUAAAUUGUCCUCCUUGCCAAGCCACACAUUGGUUGAUUUAUGUGCAUCAGUUGUGGAUGCUUCUUUCCCAGAGAAACUAAAAGUUUUAGAUGCUGUGAACUUAGCUGAUCGUUUGAAGAUUACUUUACCACUGCUAAUUAGACAUACUAAAGAACUGGAACUGACACGAAGUCCUCGCAGUAAAACCAGUAUACUUCCAAUUAAUAAUGGAAAUACUCGGCGUGGGAUGAGGAUAGUUAUCCCAAGAGGGAGAGCUGGGAUGAAUGGAAUCAGCAGAAAUGAUAUUGAUAAUGAUGAUGAAGAUGAGAUACAAGAACUGUAUAGGAAAUUAGAUGAAGCUAAUCUUCCUCAACAUGCACGCAAGGUUGCAGUCAAGGAAUUACAACGGCUUAGUAAAAUGUCACCCAUGAGUCCUGAGACUGGAAUAAUAAUGCGCUACGUUGAGCUGAUGGUUGAUCUCCCAUGGUCUAAAUCUUCUGUAGAGACAUUAGAUUUGAAUAAAGCUAGACAGGAUUUGGAUGCUGACCAUUAUGGACUCGCAAGACUGAAGCGUCGUGUCCUGGAGCACUUGGCAGUCCGGCAGCUGAGAGAUGGGCUGCGGGGACCAUUGCUGUGCUUUGUUGGACCUCCAGGGGUUGGGAAAACCAGUGUUGGCAGGUCCAUUGCACAUUCCCUUGGACGCAGUUUUCAUCGGAUUUCAUUGGGUGGUGUGAGCAACCAGUCUGAUAUCAGAGGACACAGGCGCACAUAUAUUGGGGCUAUGCCAGGACGUAUAAUACAAGGACUUAAAAAUGUUGGGGUGAAUAAUCCAGUUUUUCUGUUGGAUGAAGUAGACAAGCUGGGAACAAGUGCUGUAAAUGGAGACCCAGCAGCUGCCUUACUGGAGGUGCUUGAUCCUGAGCAGAACUGUACAUUUGUCGAUCAUUACUUAAAUGUUCCGUUUGAUUUAUCAAAAGUGAUGUUCAUUGCAACAGCCAACACCACGAAAACAAUACCUCCAGCAUUACUCGACCGGAUGGAGGUGAUACACAUACCAGGCUACACACAGGAAGAGAAACUUCAUAUUGCUACAAGGCACCUUUUCCCAAAACAGCUGGAACUCCAUGGACUGACAAAAGAACAUUUGCAAAUUCCAGAUGAAAGCUUCAAGUUCAUGAUUUCUGACUACACACGUGAAGCAGGUGUAAGAACACUGGAACGGAAGAUAGGUGCCCUGUGCCGAGCUGUUGCAGUGAUGGUUGUUGAAUCAAAAAAUUCAACGAAACCACUGAAAUUACCUGUUGUUUUGACCGAGGCAUCAGUGGAGGAAAUUUUGGGACCAGCAGUGUACAGUGGUCCAGAGCUGUGGUCCAGGCUCGGACAGGCUGGAGUUGCCCUGGGCCUGGCGUGGACAGAGGCUGGUGGGGAGCUGCUGCUGGUGGAGGCCAGCCAGAUGGCCGGCUCUGGAGACCUAAUGCUCACGGGGCAGCUGGGCAGCGUCAUGCGUGAGUCGGCACAGCUCGCUCUCAACUGGGUGCGUGGUGCGGCCAAUCAGUAUGGAUUAAAGCUUGAUGGAGAGACAUUAUCACAUUUGGAUAUCCACAUCCAUUUCCCUGCUGGAGCAGUUGGAAAAGAUGGACCAUCAGCAGGUGUGACUAUAGCUACUGCAUUAAUUUCACUGUUUUCAAACAAACCAACGGCCACUGACAUUGCCAUGACGGGCGAGAUUACUCUUAGGGGUGUUGUUCUUCCAGUGGGUGGUGUCAAAGAUAAAGUGUUGGCUGCCCAUCGAGCUGGUGUCAAGAGGGUUAUUCUGCCCAAGAAGUGUGAAAAAGAUUUACAUGAAGUACCUGAAAAUGUGAAGAAGGACCUGACAUUUGUGUUCGUUAACCAUAUGGAUGAAGUUCUUCAAGCAGCCUUUGAUGGUGGCUUUCCCCCAGGCUCAUUGAAGAUGGAGGUUCCCAUGUUAAGUAAACUUUGAAAAAAUAUGUUGUUAAGAGAAUUAUACAUUCCUGGUAUUGGUUUUCAUUUGCAGUGAACUGCAAAAAAGUCAUUUUUGUUUUCAAUACUGUAGAAAGUAAUGCCCAUGGUUACAUGAAAAUGUGCUGAAGUUGCUUUCAAACAAUGGAGUGAUAUGUUUCAUUUUGCUGCUGUGAUGUGUACAGUUGUUAAAUAAUUUUUAAGAGAUAUGUGAUAUUGAAUUACAUGUUACAUUUAUUUUUCUACUGUUUUAUAAAUUUAUAUUGUACAGUAAUAAAGUCAAGUGUACAUGAAA